AUGGGAACAAACAGGUCCAACAGGUACAGCAUUGUAUCGGACAUUAUACCAGAGGAGGAACGCUUCAAGAUCUCAAGCCUAGGGCUCCACAACGGCCACAGUUCCUCAAACGCCCAACAGCACCCAGCCUGCAACAUCAAGACAGAGGACCGUAGUAGGAGGUCGGGAGCCACCUCCGCUGCCGUGCCCAACGUGAGGGGACAAGGAGGGAUGAACAACUACAACGGCAAAAUCCUGACAAGGGGCUCCACCCAACCGCGGAGCCGUUUCGUGAAGAAGAACGGCCAGUGUAAUGUUGUAUUCACCAACAUGGAGGAGAAGAGGCAGCGUUACCUGGCCGACAUCUUCACCACCUGCGUGGACAUCCGCUGGAGAUACCUGCUGCUCAUCUUUUGCUCCAGCUUCCUGGUCUCCUGGCUUUUCUUUGGCAUCAUCUUUUACAGUGUCUCCCUGGCCCACGGGGACUUUGACGAGCACCCCGGGAUGAAGGGCGACCCGGCAGUGUGGACCCCGUGCCUAUUACAUGUCCAGGGUUUCGUCGGGGCUCUCCUGUUCUCCAUUGAGACUCAGACCACCAUCGGCUAUGGCUGGCGCUGCGUCACCGAGGAGUGCCCUGUUGCCGUGGCGACAGUGGUGAUCCAGUCUAUUGUGGGAUGCAUCAUCGAUUCCUUCAUGAUUGGCACCAUCAUGGCCAAGAUGGCGCGGCCCAAGAAGAGGAACCAGACCCUCAUAUUCUCCAGAAACGCUGUUAUUUCCCUGCGUGACGGAAAGCUCUGCCUAAUGUGGCGAGUGGGUAACCUCCGCAAGAGCCACAUUGUGGAGGCUCACGUCCGGGCCCAGCUCUUACGUCCAUACGUCACGGCCGAGGGGGAGUUCAUUCCCUUGGAGCAGAUGGACCUUAAUGUUGGCUACGACGAGGGCAUAGACAGGCUGUUUCUGGUGUCCCCACUCAUCAUCGUCCAUGAGAUCGAUAAGGACAGCCCCUUGUACACACUGAGCCGAGCUGACUUAGAGGCAGAUGACUUUGAGAUUGUGGUGAUUUUGGAGGGGAUGGUAGAGGCCACGGCCAUGACCACCCAGUUCCGCAGUUCCUACCUAGCCAGAGAGAUUUUCUGGGGCCACAGAUUCGAGCCUGUGAUCUUUGAGGACCGGGACCGCUUCAAAGUGGAUUACGCCCGUUUCCACAAGACCUAUGAGGUGCCAUCAACUCCCCACCUCAGCGCCAAGGAGCUCGAUGAGGCCGCCAGUCGCCCUUCCUCUGCCACCUCUGGCGCUGCGGCCAGUUCUAUAGCGGACUUGAUCCCCCGCUCGCUCAGCGCCUUCUGCUACGAUAACGAGGUGGCGCUGAGCUGCAGGGACGAAGAGGAUGACAUCUUUGACUCUUCUCAGAUUGCGGGGAGGGAGAAGGAGGCGGAAAGGAGGACUUCGGUCUCUGUAGACUUUCAAAAGAUGUUCCAGGACACUUCCACCAUGACAUCCAGCAGUCAAAAUGUCAUGUGCGUCCUGGACAUGGAUAACCACCAGAUGGAGUUUGACAUCCUGCAGGCCACCAUCCCGCUUGAUCCACUAACGUAUAAGAAUGAGCCCGAGAUCUGA